CAAAAGACAACGUCCGGCGAAAUUUCAAAGGCUCAAUCAUUGCAUAUUUUGCCAAAUGUAAUAUGACAUUAACAUAACCAAGCACUAAGCAGUGCAUGAUGAACUAGCUAGUAAGCUGUAUAUUUGGAAAAAGAAAUUAAACAUGAAGGCAAGCGGACUAUUUGGCCUGAGCUUGGCCAUCAUGUUUGGUCUACUGCUGGAGAUAGCCGUAGCUCAAACAAACACAACUACUAAUCCUUCUGAAGCCCGUGCUUUGAACUCCAUCUUCCAAAAAUGGGGGAUUUCUGCAACAAAUCAUUGGAACAUUAGUGGUGAGUUAUGCAGCGGAGAUGCCAUUGAUUCAACUUCAAUCCUAGAGUUUAAUCCCGCCAUCAAAUGUGAUUGUUCUGCCAACAAUGGAACUCUUUGUCAUAUCACUGGCUUGAGAGUUUAUGAAUUGGACGUCUGGGGUGAAAUUCCAGAUGAAUUAUGGAGCCUUACCUUCCUCGAUGAUCUCAAUUUGGGCCACAAUUACUUAACAGGCACACUGUCUCCAUCCAUUGGCAAGCUGACUCGGAUGAAACGUCUAGCCUUUGACAUCAAUGCAUUGUCAGGGGAGCUUCCAAAGGAACUUGGAUUGUUGACCGACUUAAGUUCAUUUAGUUUUGGUACAAACAACUUCGCUGGACCUCUGCCUUCAGAGCUUGGAAACUUAACAAAACUGAUACAAAUUUAUCUCGAUAGUUCUGGUGUUAGUGGUCCAAUACCAUUGACGUUUGCGAAACUGCAGAACUUGGUCACAGUGUGGGCUUCAGAUAAUGAUUUUACAGGGAGGAUUCCUGAUUUCAUUGGAAAUAAUUGGUCAAAGCUUACCACACUGAGGUUCCAAGGAAAUGCUUUUGAUGGUCCAAUACCAGCUUCCUUUUCCAACUUAACCUCUCUGACCGACCUGAGAGUAAGUGAUCUAUCCAAUGGUAGCUCUUCUUUUGACUUCCUCAGGAAUAUGAAGUCUCUCAGCAAGCUGGUUUUACGGAAUAACAAUAUUUCAGGUUCCAUCCCAAGUAAUAUGCGAGAAUAUCAUAGCCUGUCUCUACUGGAUUUGAGCUUCAACAAUUUGUCUGGGCGUAUUCCAGCUGCACUUUUCAAUCUGAUUUCGCUGACUCACCUGUUUCUUGGUGAUAACAAGCUAACAGGCGCCCUGCCAGCUCAGAAGGGACGGUCUCUCCAGACUAUAGAUUUAUCAUACAAUGGGUUAUCUGGAAGAAUCCCUGCUUGGAUCAAUGACCCAAUUGAACAAUUAAAUUUAGUUGGCAACAGCCUUACAAUAGGACAAUCAGACGAUGGUUAUCUGCGUUCGGGGUUAGAUUGUCUUCAACGGAACUUCCCUUGCAAUAUAGGAUCUCCGAGAUAUUCCGGCUUUGCAAUUAAAUGUGGGGGACCUCCAAUAAAGACUAGUAAUCAGAUAUCGUAUGAGAGGGACAAUGAAAUUCUGGGUCCAGCCUCAUAUUUCAUAACUAGUACAGGGAGAUGGGCUGUUAGUAAUGCUGGUCUGUAUUCUGACCGUCCAAAUCAGAGCUUCACAAGCUUCAAAUCAUCUCAGUUUUCAAACACCUUGGAUUCACAACUCUUUCAAACUGCACGAAUUUCCUCUGGAUCACUUAGAUACUAUGGCUUGGGCCUUGUUAAUGGUAUUUACACUGUGAACCUCCAGUUUGCUGAGUCAGAAAUCUUAAAUACCCCAACUUGGCAUAGUCUUGGAAGACGAGUAUUUGACGUUUAUGUACAGGGGAUUCGGAGAUUGAAAGAUUUUGACAUACGGAAGGAGGCUGGGGGGUCCCUAGCAGCUGUUCAAAGGCAAUUUAUAGCUCUGGUUUCUGAAAAUUAUCUUGAGAUACAUCUGUUCUGGGCUGGAAAAGGGACCUGCUGUGUACCUAUACAAGGCACAUAUGGACCUUCCAUAUCAGCAAUUAGUGCAACCUCAGAUUUAAUUCCCCCUGCUAGCGAGCAGCCUUUUACUACAAAAAAGAACUGGACUGGCCUGAUUGUGGGUAUCGUUGUUGGUGUUGGAGUCAUAAGCUUGAUUUCAUUAUUUUUAGUCUAUUACCUAAUUCAGAAAAGAAAACAGCAACAGGCUUUGGAGGAUGAAGAGUUCCUGGGGAUAGAAACCAGACCCUACACUUUCAGCUAUUCAGUACUUCGAGCUGCGACUGGUGACUUCUGUAUUUCCAAUAAGCUUGGACAGGGAGGUUUCGGACCAGUUUACAAGGGAACACUUGAGGACAACAGGAUUGUUGCUGUUAAACAAUUGUCUGUGGCAUCACAUCAAGGAAAGAGUCAGUUUGUGGCAGAGAUUGCUACUAUAUCAGCUGUACAACACCGUAAUCUUGUGAAACUCUAUGGUUGCUGCAUUGAGGGAGACAGGCGAUUACUUGUUUAUGAGUAUCUUGAAAACAAGAGUCUUGAUCAAGCAUUAUUUGAGAAAGGAUCAUUAUAUCUUGACUGGCCAAUACGCUUCCAGAUUUGCUUGGGAGUGGCAAAGGGUCUAGCAUAUCUUCACGAGGAAUCUCGAGUCCGUAUUGUCCAUCGAGAUGUUAAGGCCAGUAAUAUUCUGCUUGAUGCAGACCUGAACCCUAAAAUUUCAGAUUUUGGAUUGGCAAAACUUUACGAUGACAAACAGACUCAUAUAAGCACUCGUGUUGCAGGCACAAUAGGGUAUCUUGCACCAGAAUAUGCCAUGCGUGGACAUCUGACUGAGAAGGCUGAUGUGUUUGGCUUCGGAGUUGUAGCUCUAGAGAUUGUCAGUGGUAGACCAAACUCUGAUGAGAGCUUGGAAGAAGACAAGAUCUAUCUUCUUGAGUUGGCUUGGCAGCUUCAUGAGAACAAGCGUGAAACUGAGCUGGUGGAUGCAAAUUUAUCUGAAUUUGAUGUAGACGAAGUGAAAAAAGUAAUAGGGAUAGCUCUACUAUGCACUCAAACACCCCCGGGGUUACGACCCUCAAUGUCCCGUGUAAUAGCAAUGCUUACAGGAGAUGCUGAGGUUGCCACUGUGACUUCCAGACCUGGAUACCUGAUUGACUGGAAAUUUAAAGAUGCAACAACCUUCAUGACCAAACAUUCUUCGCAAAUGCACAAUUCAUCAGUGGGUACAAGUACUGCCCCUAAUACAAAUUAUUCAUCAUCUAGUGCUGAAACACCAAUUCUCAGAGACUUCAUUGGAGAGGGUGGAUGAAAUCUUUUAAUUUUCAGUCAGAGAUGAAGCGAGACGUCAGAUAAACUUUUACCCUUUUGUUUGUUUUGAAGAUGUCAUCUUUCUUUAGAUUCUUUCUGCAACCAUUUGUGUAUAGGUUUUCGUUGAUUUAAGGACUACUAUGCCUACCUUUUUUUUAGAGACUGAUUCUUCAGACUCAAAAAAUCACACUGACUAAAAGAUACACGAUAUUGA